GUAGAAAGGGGCAUGUGCACAACGGCGUCGUACCGCUUGGAGGAGCUAUUCAUUGGUGGUCUGGAGUAGACCCAUCCCGUUUGCGAACUCGACUGCGAAAGAGAACAAUGGCGACCGAACAGGAAGAACUAGUGGGCUUUCUUUCUCAUCCUUCUCCACAGAUAGCGAAGGCGGCUGUUGAUAUUGUUCGGGGAUUGACGGGGUCUGAUGAUGGCUUGCAGUCCCUUGCCAAUUAUGCCAAUAUUUUGCUGCCAUCGCUUGCUCGGCUCCUAAGUGGCAACAAGGAGGUUUCAGAACCGGCAGCAGAAGCGCUUGUCAAUCUUUCACAGAAUUCAGAUUUGGCAGCAAAGAUGAUCGAAAUGGGAAUGAUUAAAACAGCCAUGGAUGUUUUAUAUAAGCCGGAGUCUAGCUUUAAUAGAUUGUUGGUUAUGCUCCUAGUGAAUCUCACACAGUUGGAUGCCGGUAUUACUUCCUUGCUUCAGAGUGCAGAUGAGAAGAUGCAGGGCCUCUAUAUUAUGAAACUAGUUAGAUCAUUUUGCAGAUCUCCUAGUGAAACUGGAGAGGAUCCAUUUGAACAUGUUGGUUCCAUACUUGUAAAUAUAUCAAAGCAGCAAGCAGGAAGAAAACUUUUGCUGGAUCCUAAGCGAGGGCUUUUAAAGCAGAUUCUCAGACAGUUUGACUCAACCAGUUCACUGAGAAGGAAAGGGGUUUCUGGAACUAUUCGCAACUGUUGUUUUGAAGCUGAGAGUCAGCUGCAAAAUUUGCUUUUGAUAUCAGAAUUCCUUUGGCCUGCUCUACUUUUGCCAGUUGCUGGCAACAAGGUUUAUAAUGAACAAGACACAUCGAAAAUGCCACUUGAACUUGGGUGUGCACUCUCAAUUGAGCGUGAGCCAGUUGAUGAUCCCGAAAUUCGUAUUCAAGCAUUGGAGGCAAUAUAUAUGAUCUCAUUACAGGAGGCCGGUCGAAGAGCCUUUUGGUCAGUCAAUGGACCAAGGAUAGUACAAGUUGGGUAUGAAGAUGAGGACAAUCCAAGAGUGAUGGAAGCAUAUGAGCAGCUUGGUUCCUUGUUGGUAAAUAGCAGUGGGACGGAGGAACUGCCCACAGAGACAUCAAAGUAACAGAAAGAGUAGCAAUCUUUCUUCAUAUUCAUUUAAUUAAAACCCAAUUGUUAUUCCAUAAGUGCUCAACACUGAUUACGAAGGUCGCCAAAAGCUUGACUGCUUUUGGUAAUUUUUUUGAAUGCGUCUGUUAUGGCUUUUACCUGUAGCCCUGUUAGAAUACACUUUCUACGUUUUUUGCCAUCUUGUUGUUUAGGGAUUGAAGAUUUUCAAACCAUAUUUAAACACAAAUGACUAUACUUGAACUAAGAAAGCGAGAAGGGAAAAAGACCUUUUUUUUAGUUUUUUAUUUUUUUGGUGAACUUUGUGAUUUAUGUAAAUUUUGUGCUUAGUUUGACUUGGAAACUUUAACCAGGCAAGAAAUUUGCAUAUAGAUUGAAUUCCUUCACAAUUUAAGCUGUGAUUGGAUCCAACAAGAAAUUGAAAGAAAGGUAAUCAAUAAAUUAUUGGAUAUAUAUCCACCA